AUGUCGAGCCAACAGCAGAUUGACCCUAAGAAACAGCAGGAGCUGCAGGGCCAGUACACCAAUUUCAAGAACACCCUCCAACAAUUGGCGCAGAAGAUCGGCGACAUUGAGCAAGAGGCUGAAGAGCAUAAACUCGUGAUUGAGACCCUGAGCCCUCUCCCCCAAGAACGCAAAUGCUUUCGUAUGGUGAAUGGAGUGCUAGUCGAACGCACAGUUGAAGAGGUUCUCCCGACACUCAAGACCAACAACGAAGGAUUGCACCAGGUUCUGGAGGAUAUGCUGAAGCAGUAUAAGUCCAAGCAGACAGAGCUUGACAGCUGGAAGAAAAAGAACAACAUUCAGGUUGUGCAGCCUUAA